AUGAUUACAUUCUCAAAGCUUGCCUUGUCGUUAUUGGCUGUAACGCCGUUUGUCCUCGCCGAGUUGGAGCCUGCCAGUCCAAUUCACCAAGUCCAUCGCUCCCGCGCCCACAAGCUUCGCACCGCUGAAUCUACCGCGGCUGCUAACUCUACAAUCACAAAGCGUGCACCCGCUCUACGGUUCCCAUUCGGCUCGACCAAGGUCCGAGGUGUAAACUUGGGUGGCUGGCUUGUUCUUGAGCCUUGGAUCACUCCUUCGCUCUUUGAUAACACAGGUAAUAGCGCUAUCGUUGAUGAAUUCACCUUUGGCCAAUUACAAGAUUACAAUACCGCUCAUGCCAAGCUUGUGGCUCAUUGGGAUACGUGGAUCACAGAGUCAGACUUCGCUGCUAUCGCCGCUGCAGGCUUGAAUCACGUCCGUAUCCCGAUUGGUUACUGGGCAUUCGAAAUCUCUGCUGGUGAGCCUUACCACCAAGGCCAGUACCCCUACCUCUUCAAGGCUGUCCAGUGGGCGCGAAACCAUGGCAUUAAAGUUUUGAUUGAUCUCCACGGUGCACCGGGUAGUCAGAACGGAUUCGAUAACUCUGGACAGAGGGGCUCGGCUACCUGGCAUACAAAUUCGCAGAAUGUCGCCAGGACUAAUGCGGUUAUCAAGACUCUUGCUGCCGAAUUCAGCAAGUCAGAAUAUGCCGAUACUGUGACUUCUAUUGCUCCUCUUAACGAGCCUGCUGGCUUUGUCGGUGGAACCAUGUUGGAUGUCGUUCGUCAGUAUUGGUACGACUCGUACGGAAAUAUUCGAUACCCCUUUGGGUCGUCUACGCAGGGCGACUUGCUCGAAGUAAUCCAUGAUGCCUUCCAACCACUCAACUCGUGGAGCGGCUUUAUGAAAUACCCUAACUUUGAAGGCGUGGCGAUGGAUACCCACCACUAUGAAAUCUUCUCGGAUGCAGAAGUUUCUAUGACUUGGGAACAACACAUUCAGACUGCUUGUAAUUUCGGAAUUAACACCAUAGGAUCUUACUCUAGCAAUAACAUCUGGACCUUUGUCGGAGAAUGGACCACGGCGCCCUAUGACUGUGCCAAGUACCUCAAUGGUCGUGGAAUCGGAGCUCGCUACGACGGUACCUUUGCCGGUUCGUCCAGAAAGGGCGACUGCACUCCAUUCACCGGUAACAGAAACAAAUUCUCCAACGAAUACAAGAACUUCAUGAGGCAGUAUUAUGAGGCUCAGGUUAGCGCAUUUGAGCGCGGCGGAAGUGGAUGGUUCUAUUGGACCUGGAAGGCCGAGGAUGCUGAUGAAUGGAGCUACCAAGCCGGAUUGGCUGGUGGAUGGAUUCCUACGAAUCCCAGCGAUCGUCGGUUCCCCAACAUCUGCGGCUAA